AUGGGUGAGAAGGUGCCGCAAGGUAGACCUGAGCUUCUCCGUGCCUUCGCAUAUCGGUCAAAGGUGGAGGAGGUGGACCCGCAGAAGCUCCUGCCAACCGUGCCAUCCAAGGAGGUGUUCGAAAUCAUGAAGCGCAGCUACGAGAGAAUUGGUUCUGGCACCCCGUAUGAUCUUUGGGCUCCUGACUGCCCUGCAUUUCAGCUGAUCAGCUUCCAUGUCCAAGGACGCGGACGAUUUCAGGUGCUCGGAACUCUGGACCUGGAUUUCUGGCAUAUCUUGGCCGACGGGGAGCUCGCACCAAAACCCUCCGCCUUGUCUUGUCUGCACCCAGAAAUGCACGUUCGAUAUCUUCUCGUCAAGGCACCCGACAACGCCAUCGUAACCCCGCAAGGAGUUUGCGCUGGGCUUGCACCUACCGGAGCUACGCGGUGGAGCCACUCCGUGCCUCACCAGGAUGCCUCCUGGGUGACUUUGUUGGUGGAGAGUUCCCCAGGGCUCUUCAUCAAGCCGAGUCGCCUGGAUGGCUGGAAGAAGGUCGCCUUCGCUCGUCCUGGGCGCAUACUGGUGCUCGUCGGCGCGGCCCUGGCGUUGGCCUCCGAGGGUUCCCACUUCCUUUCGCCUCUCUUGGGCCUGGAUUUCGCCCGCACAUGUUUGCUUCUACAACCCCGCAAACCAGCUUCAUUUGUCCCAAUGUGGCGUGGUCUGGCGUCCUGA